UGUUUGCAUAGACUGUGUGGUUAUUUUGUAACUGAAAUGUUUUAAAGCAGUUUUGUAUGAAGGUAUAUUUCCCACAUGUGAAAAUACUAUAUAUAUGUGAUAACAUGUGUUGUUUUAAGUAUGUUACGGCAUUACUGUGAUGUUUAUAUUUUGCUUGUGUCUUUUUGAUAAUUUCUAUUUACAGCCUGUACAAAAGACCAAACGCAAAGCUGUCAUGAGUUCCUUAAAUGCAAGUUCUUACAAGAAUACCUCUAUUGUUCAUCCUGAAUACUUUUUCAUCAGUGGACUUUCAGGUAUACCGUACAGCAGUUAUUACUAUGUUUUCUUAUUCAUCACAUAUUUCAUUACUAUAAUUGGGAACUCUGUAGUCCUUCUCAUUAUAGCUUUUGAGCGGAGUCUGCACAGUCCUAAGUACAUUGUUGUGUUUAACUUGGCCUUGGCUGAUAUUGGUGAAACUAACGCACUGAUUCCUAACAUGAUGAAGACUUUUCUGUUUGACUCGCAGUACAUCUCCUAUAAUGCUUGCUUGGUGAACAUGUUUUUUGUGUUCCUCUUUAGUACUAUGCAGAGUUUCACUCUUGUUGUUCUGGCAUAUGAUCGCUUUGUUGCGAUAUGUUUGCCAUUAAGAUAUCAUGCUAUUGUAAACAAUUCCAGUAUAACGUUAAUUCUUUCAGCAAAAUGGGCAUUCAAUUCUUCUAUGGUGGCCUUGAUGGUGUCUUUGAUCACGCGAAUAUCAUUUUGUGAUUCCAAUGUGAUACAGAGUUAUUUUUGUGAUCAUGGACCAGUGUAUAGGCUGGCAUGUAAUGACAAUAGUAUUAAUAGGUUUAUGGGAUCCUUUAUCACAUGUUUAUAUCUAGUUGUACCAUUGGCUAUUAUAAUCCUGUCAUAUAUAGGAAUUUUUCUUGCUCUUAAUAAAAUUACAACUUGGGAAAGUCGUUUAAAAGCACUGAAGACCUGUGUUUCACAUUUGUUGUUAGUAGGGAUUUAUUUUCUCCCUAUGUCCUGUACAUACAUUGCUGCGUGGUUGCUUGCUCUCGCUCCUAAUGCCAGAGUCAUCACUACAUCUCUGGCAUAUACUAUUUCACCGAUGCUAAAUCCCAUCAUUUAUGUUUUAAACACAGCUGAAAUCAAAGACUUAUUGCGAAAAAUGUUUAAAAACAAAUCUGCACCAUCCAAGGACAACAUUGCAAAAUGAAAGAGCUUGCUGAAUUUCUUGUGUAAACCAUACUGUUUACAAAUGACUACUGUAUAUUUUAUUGUUAUUUUAAAAUGGACACUAUCAUUGUGAUUAGGCUGCUUAGUUUAAAAUAUUGCUUUAAACUGCCUCACUUUGUCAUUAUGUUGGUCAUUUACUGUAUGAAUAAAGCUUGUUGCUUUCCAC